GCCGAAGCCACCAAAGUCAAAAAGGCCUGACAUGGUUUCGCGGAGGCAUUCGGCCAUCAUAGUGUCAGCCAAAGAAGGUCCCGAGGCUUCCCCUGCACCGGCAAAAAAGACCAUUGCACGCCGGUCAUCUGCUGUGCUGUCAGACCUUCAGAUCAAGUCGGGGCAGCGGCGAAUGUCACUUAGCACCUGGGGCACGAAUCACUCACAAGAAGACGAUGGGUUGGACAGUCCAAGUUCACACAGCCCAGUGAUGCAGCGGAAGUCCAUGAAGCGAAGGGCAUCUGUCAGUGCCAUCGCCAGCGUGCGGAGAGCAUCUUUUUCCGGCUCGGCUGCGGACACGAUUUCUCAGGCCCGCAUGGCUGUGCGCAGGAUGUCCCACCACGAGGCGAACGAGGUAGGUGGUGUCCGCUCUGACCGAGGUUCAGUGGCAGAGCAGCGCCGAUUAUCACUGAAGCGAGCUGCAACUACGCCAAUGACACCGCAGCCGGAGAUCGUGAACCUGGCACCAUCGGAGGCGCUUACCGGCGUUCAAGUACGCAAGCCAAGCGACAGGGCCAAGGCUGAGGAGAGAGAUCGACAGAAAGCUGCACCGAAAAUGUCCGAGAACGCGAAGCUCCUCCAGAAAACGAGACUCUUCGGGAAGCUCUCAGACCAGGCGCUCAUCCACCUGGCAGACCACGGCGAGGAGCGGGUAUGUCGCUUUGGAGAGCUUCUUUAUCGUGAAGGAGACAAGCAGAAGACCAAUUGGAUGGCCAUGGUCCUCUCCGGGAGGCUUUCUAACCAGAUCCAUGCGCCCUUCGGCGAGAAGGGCACGAUGCCAGAGCUUUUCGCUGGAGCGAUCUUCGGAGAGCUUGGCGCUUUGCAGGUCUGGGAGGGCCGUCAUUCGACCGUGACAGCCCUGGAGGACUGCAAGGUGCUUGUCAUUCAGACGGACAAGAUAUGGGAGGCCGUGCGUGGUGCUGCUGAUGACGUACAGCGCAUAGAAAGUGAAUGUGAAUGCUGGCGAGCCUUCAUGCUGUCGGACAUAGCGUCACGUUGUCCUGCAGAGAUUGCGUACCAUUUCAGAGAAGCGGCUUCGCUGCGAAAGCUAGUGCCUGGGGAGGAGCAGGAACUUGGAAUUCGCAAUCAGCAGAGGCAGCUGUGGGCAGCAGCAGUCAUUGAGAGCGGCAAGGCCUGUGUCAAAGAGACGGGAGAGGUAUUGCGGGCGAAAGAAACCUGCAACGUUGCCGCAAUGCUCGGAAUCCAGAGCUCAGAAACACUUCUGCCGGAAGGCGGCAAACCCUGCAACAUCGCUGUCCUGGACAGGAAAGACUUCUGGAAGAUCGUCCAUGAGUACCCCCAAGCACGCGAGGUGUACACCAAGUGGGCGCUCUCGCAGCUUCCGUCAGCGACCGUGGACAUCUCUUGCGUUCCGAUUCUGCAGUUCUUGGAGGGCUCUCAGGUCUUCAUCCGUGCACUGGCAGGAAGCAUUCGACAGCGAGUCGUUCCUCCUGGCAUGGAUGCCAUCACAGCCAAGGACUUGUUCGAAACGUUGGUUUUCCUGCAGCAGGGUUUGGCUGACGUCGUGUUCAAAGGCCACAAGGUCCGAGAGCUCCGUGCCGGACAGAGCGUCGGUGAACUCAAUCUGCUUUCUGUGCAGAAGAUGAAUGGCAUCGUCAUUGUCUCCUCGGAGUUUUGUGUGUUGCAGGAACUGAAGAAGCAGGACGUGGAGAUGCAUUUGUCGAAGCAUCCAGUCGCGCGAUCCAAAUGGAGAGACUUGCUCAAGGUGAGAAACAUCUGGAAGCAGGACGGAUCAAAUGACCGACAGAUUGACAUGUUGCGAGAGUCGCCAUUCUUCAACGACGACAUGCCUGUCGGCUUCGCCAAGGCCGUCCAUGGGUCCAUGGAGGUGCGGCUCUUCUUCCCAGAGGAGGUCGUCCAGGACAAGGAUGAUCCGACAGAUGUCCUGUAUCUGGUUUGUGAAGGCCAGAUGGAACGGAUGUCCCUCGGCAAGAAAUCAACUCUUGACGUCGGGGGCAUCUGGGGCGAGGCCGGGCUGCUUUCGGACAAAGACGGGCCUCCGGAGACACUCGUUGCCAAGUCCGUGUGUGGUGUGAUGGCAUUGCACCGCAGGAACAUGAUCGAUGUCUUUGACAGUUUCCCGGAGGCCAAAGCAAAAAUCGAAGCUAUUUCCAGGAGGUCUCGGGAAGGUAUCUUCGAGGCGGGUGGACAAUCCUGGAAUAUCUACAGAAUGUCCUGCUUCAAAGAUUGCAGCAGUCGGUUCCUUUACCUCCUCGACCUGCACCUCGAGCGCCAUAUCUACUUCAGCGACGAGACCGUUGUUGUCGAGAACACGGAGGGUGAGGACAUGUACAUCCUGUACAGUGGGGCGAUGGAAGUGAAGGUGAAGGGCAUCACAGUUGGAAAGCUGGAAGGUGGGAUGUUCUUCGGGGAGAUGGCAGUCCUUGGCUUGGUCAAAAAAAGAUCCGCCACGAUCAUUGCGAAGACCCUGUGCGAUGUGCGCCUUCUCUCAAGAAGGUCUUUGGAAGAGGCUCUCAGCGAGUUUCCAGAGGAGAUUUCGAGAUUCGAAGAGCUGGCAGCAACUCGAAAUCGGCUAUCGCUUGAGCAUCGUAACGGUGGUCGUGUGCGACAUCUGUGCAGCUUCUUCCACGGUUGCGAUCCAAAGUUUGCAACGGCCAUUGCGAAUGACAUGCAGGACAAGCUCUUCCUGUCGGGGCAGGUGCUGUGCAGAGAAGGACUCCCUCAGGACUCCCUGUUCUUGAUCCACCAGGGCACGGCCACCGUAACUGUCCAACAGCAGAGAGUGUCCGAGCUGAAGAGUGGCGACAUCUGCGGCGAACUUGUGGCCCUGGGCUUGUCACCGGUGACGACGGCAACGAUCACGGCCAUGGACACCUGCUUCGUGCAGGAGCUGCGUUCAAACGUCCUGAUGGCGGUCUUGGACAAGUUUCCGGAAGAGCGACAGAAGCUCAGGCAGCUUGCAGCUCUUCGAAUGGAGUGGAGGUACGCGCUGCAUGACUUGCAAAACUUUGAUUGGAUACGAGGGACUCCGGCUGGCUUCCCGACUCUCCUGGAGCAGAUGAUCACGCGCUGGAUUUUCUUCCGCGGUGACGAGAUGAUGGUCCAGGGCUCCCCGGGAGACAGCCUUAUGAUGAUUUCCUCUGGCUCCGUGGAAAUUGUUCACGACGAGCAGGUCAUCCGUGAACUAGGAGGAGGGGAUGUCCUCGGCGAGCUCGGUGCACUUGGAAUUGCGCCGCUUCGAACAGCGACCGUGCGGUGUAAGGACAUCUGCGAUGUCUAUGUCCUGGCGAAGGCGGCGCUGACGCGGGCAUUGAGCCUGCACCCUGAGCAGAUGGACCCCUUGCGGAAACUUGCCACCGCGCGCAUGCGGAGUGACGUCGAGCGCGCAUCGGAGAAGCAUGUCCUGCUCAACUGCCCGCUCUUCCAGCAAAGCAGCAGGAAAUUUUUGGAUCGCAUCUCAGAGCACCUGGAGGACCGCCUCUUCAUGGAGGGUGAGGAUCUCUGCAUUGAGGGAGAGAAGGGUGACACCAUGUUCGUCCUCAUCCAGGGCACCUUGAACGUGUUUGUGAGAAUAGAUGGAAAGAACAAGAAGGUGAACGAGCUGCACAAGGGGAGUGUGAUCGGCGAGAUCGCAGUGUUGGGGCUGGCAAACCAUCGAACUGCCACCCUCACAGCAAAGACGGUUUGCUUGGUUCAGAUCCUCCAUCGGCCCAUCCUGAUGAAGUAUCUCAACGAGUUCCCUCGUGAAAUCGCGACCUUCCAGGAGGUUGGGGCGUCACGGCUUACGAAGAGCGGUAUCAGCAAGAACACCCUCUUCCCGCAGCAGGUCCUCUUCCGAUACUGUGGCUCGGCCUUCGUCGAGGAGGUCUGCAAAACGUUGCAGCGAAAGAUUUGCUUCCCUGGGCAGAUCAUCGUGGAAGAGGGCGCUGAAAGCCAGGAAAUGUAUGCCAUCGCGCAGGGACAUGCAUCGGUGGAGAAAGGCGGCACGAAGCUGGGAGAACUUCAGCAAGGAUCCGCAUUUGGUGAGAGGGCUGUCCUUGACAUGAUGUCGAUCCAGUUGGUGAGCAUCAAGGCCGAGAGCAUGUGUGAUUUGCAGUACCUGAACUGCCACGACCUGGAAACGAUGCUUGCGAACUUCACUGGGGAGAAGAAGCACCUCUUGCAAGCGGUUGCAGGCAUGAUGCGAGAGGACAUCGCCGAAAUCACAGACCAGGAGAUCUUGCAAGAACUUCCACUUCUUGCAUUCUUGGGAGACGACUUCAUCCAGCAUCUGCUGGCGUCUCUGCAGGUGGGUGCCGCAAGGAGAGACGAGCCUGUGAAGAGCAAGUCAGACGAGCUGGUCGUUGUCAUUCUUCAAGGUCGCGCAGCUGUUCAGCUGGAUGGCAGCACACUUCGUGAGCUAUCCGAAGGCGAAAGCUUUGGGGAGGCCGCCUGCCUUGGGCUGGUGGUGCCCUCGAAAGGCGACCUGGCCGUGGAGCUCUUCGUGGUGGGGCAGAGCUGCUUGUACCUUUACGCCACAAAGGACGCGGUGCAGCGAGCCCUUCAGCAAGAAGGAGCCCACAUGCGAGACAAGCUUCGCGGCAGCGUCACUGUGGCUCCGGGCUUCGCGAGGGUGGUUCUCGAAAACAGCCCUUUGAGCUUCCUGCAGAUGACGCAGGAUCAAAUGACUCAGCUCUACGACAGGUGCGAGGAGGGCUUCUGCCUCGAGACCCAGGACCUCCUCUCCGCUCGGCACCGGCACAAGACCCUGCUCUUCCUCCUUGCAGGAAAAGCCAGCUGCCAAGUUGGUGACGAAGAGCUCGUCCUCGAACCCGGCAGCUCUCUCGUGCAGACGAGCAAAGAUGGUCCGGGGCGUGGGCCCGUGACUGCCAUCGUGCACUGCAAGUACCUCCUGCUCAACAAGCGCGUGCUGCUGUCCGUCCUGAAGGCCCAGCCCGAGGAGGCUGCCGAGAACGGCCGUGGCGGAGGCGGAGGAGGCCGCGAGGGUCGCGACGGCCGCGAGGGCCGUGACGGGCGCGGAGGGGAGCAAGGCAAGCUCUUCAUCGGACAGCUUUCCUUCGAGGCGGAAGAAGGCGACAUCCAGGAAAAGUUUGGGAGAUACGGACAGAUUUUGAAUGUCCAAAUCAUCAAGGAUAAUGCGACGGGGAAGUCCAAAGGUUAUGGCUUCAUCAAGUUCGCAGAUCCUGCAGAUGCCGAGAAGGUGCUGAGGACGAUGGAUGGCGCUGACAUUUGCGGGCGCCGAUGCAAGUUGGACCGUGCAGGCGGCGGCAAGUCGCAUGGUGGGGGGCAAAACAUGUCCCGUUACGAGCGAGACGACCGCCGUGGAGGGCGCGGCCGAGAUGGUGGGAAGGCCGCCUCCGAGCCGGAGAAGCUCUUCAUCGGGAAGUUGAGCCUGGAUGCGACAGAGGAGGACGUGCAGGAUGCCUUCCGGAGGCUCUGUGAUGUGAAGGUUCAGAUCAUCAAGGAUCGCGACACUGGCGAAGCGCGCGGCUUUGGAUUCAUCACCUUUCCGGACUCUUCCAAAGCGGAGGAGGCACUUCGAAGUCUUCAGGGCGCUGAGGUCGCCGGGCAGCCCUGCAGACUCGAGCGGCCCGGGCAAAAGCGUGGGCCAAGGGAUGGCUCGCCCAGUCGCUCACAAGGCCGUCACCGAGACCACGCUCGGGCAAGGUCACGGUCUCGAGGAGGCAGAGGCCAAGGCCGCGAGGACUGGGACGGCAGAGGCGACGACCGGAGGCAUGGCCGACGGCGUGAGCGUGAUGCUUUCGAAGCCCGAGGGCCUCGGGACCGAGAGCGUCGUGACCGCGGGGAGCGAGAGCGGGGAGGAGACCGAGAACGGGACCGGCCCGAGCGCGGCGAGCGCGGCGAGCGCGGCGAGCGCGGGCGCCGGGAGCGCGACCGACCCCACCGAGGUGAGUCGCAAGACUCGCGGGCGGCCGACCGGGAGCCACGCCGUGGCGAACGCCAGCGCUCUCGCACACCGGAUGGGCUGCCCAGGAAAAGCGAGGCCAUCAAUGCCGCACGUGUUGCAUACGAGGAGACAAGCCGCCGUUUGCAAAUGGCGCAGACGGAGGCAGACUCAGCAGAGGCAGCGUACAAGAAGAUGCAAAAAGCAGCUGAUCACGCUGUCGACCGCAAGGUGGCGGAGGAGAGCAGCCACAUCAAGAAAGAUCUAGAGCUGAAGCUGGGUGCCAUGAAAGCGGGGUCGAAGAACGCCCUGGCGCUGGCCCUGGACGAUGCCGAGCUGCAGCUGCGCCAGGAGUUGGCGGACAAGAUCUCGCAGAUGAAGAAGGAGUACCAGAAAAAAGUUGAAGACGAGCAUGGCCGGAUCCGACGGCAGCAUGCGGAGGAGGCGGAGGAUGCGGAAGCGAAGGUGCAAGAGGAAGCUGAAGACAGAAUCAAGGAGCUUCGCAGAAAAGCGGAAGAGGAGGAGAAUCCCUGGGAGUGGCGAGAGGCUCGCGACAAGGCUGUCGAAGCCUUGCAGAAGGAGGAGGAGAAGCUGGACUCGGCCAAGCGACGAUUGGAGACUCUGACCGGUGGGCCAGUAAAGGAUCGUCGCUCUCGAUCUCUGUUGCCCAGAGAUCGAGAGAAGCGAAAACGAGUUCCCCCGCCUCCACCGCAGGCGCGAGGUCGCGACUGA